AUGAUCGGCCGGGGUCUAGCACACCAGCGGCAGCUCAAGGCGCUGAUCCGUCAGCAGCCGACAGCGACCGCUGCGGCUACUACCUACAUAAGAACAGAUCCCCUUACCGAGUCCCUCAGAAUAGCUGCCGAUUUCCGGCAACUGAAUGUGAGGUUAAUGGAUAAGACCUUCGGGAAGAGCUUCGCUUAUCUCAAUGGUCUAGGUGGAAACACCAUUCAUGACUUUUUUAGUCGCAUAUUAGCCGCCGUUUUUGAGGAUGAAAUGAGCUUACACGUUAACUCCGAGGGAAAGAAGUCCGAACAAAACUUGCAGGACUCGAAAUUUAACGAGUGA